AGUACAGGCAGAGGAUCUCGCGACAGCUUCGAAACGACACAAUUCCAACGGGAACCGAUCACAGUCCACCCAUGGAGACUAUGUGAAUCUGGUCAACAAGCCACUCAAACACAAGAAAAUGUCCGUUCCGUCAGGCGCCAACGGAUCGCCGUCCGACGCGAAAACUGCAUCGACUCAGCCUGGAAAACGAUCACAAAAGGCCAAAGCCCGACGAAGAAAUCUGGCCAUCCACGCCAAACCGCUCCCGCUGGAAACACAUCCCCUCCCGGCCUUUCAUCCAUCAAACCCCAUCUCCCUCCUCCGGCUCUGCUACGCAUGGAUCUCUGACGCUCUCUUCUCCCCGACAUCGCAUCCUGCGCGGGACUUUGUCGGCUACUUUUCUCCAGAGACGCGCUCUGUACAUGUGACGGAUCCGCGAUGUGCUCGCAUUCUGUGGCAGAUGGGGUUCUUUGGGAAAGGCACGCUGAGUCGCAGUGAACCUAGCUGGCUCAAGCGCGAGGAGGCGAGGGUGCGCGAGCAGCGGAUGAAGCCGAAGGGCAGACUGGCUGCGGAGGACUGGACGAAUGUUCGGAGAGAGGAGAGGAGGAUGUUUAAGCUGGAGCGGGCUCGGUUGGAGAAGGAGAAGAUUGAGCGGCAAAGGCUUAUCGAGGCGGGGGACUUGCCUCCGGACGAGGAGGAGGAGUCAACCGAGCUGACUGCUGAACCUCCCCCCGAGGAUAUCCCAAAGCUGACUACGGAAAUCACGGUCGACGCGCCUGUUGUGGGUGGCCACGUCACUCCACCAAUGGAUUUGCAAAAUGGACACAUCAACGGCGACUCAAAACGGCUAAGACCUACUCUGAACGGGACACUACUUCCAGCACAUGACCUCGCAUCACAACCCAGCUCUCCGCUUAUAGUCAGAAGUCCCCAACCCUUCCCAGGACCAAAGACCGUAGAGGAGGAAGAAGCAGCCGAAGAAGACGAAGAGGAAGAGUCGCGCGGCCGCGCAAUCGAAAACCAAGAACACCUCCAACUCACCUUCGAAGAAGCCUUCUUCCUCGUCUACGCCCUCGGAGUCCUCACCAUCCACCCCGCCAAGCGCCGCGACCUGUCCCCGCUCUCCGUCAAGUUCAAACCGCAACCCUACUCCACCAUCGACCUCCUAGAGCUCUUCUGCCAGUACUCCUCCUUCCCACCACAAGACACAGUCUGGAUCUCGCCCGACGAGCAAUUCCUCCUCAAUUACGUCGCGUACCACCACUUCCGCUCCCUCGGCUGGGUGGUGCGGCCAGGGCAGAAAUUCGGCGUCGACUACCUCAUCUACCAAGGCGGCCCGGUCAUCGCACACGCCGAGUUCGCCGUUCUAAUCGUCCCCGCUUACACAGAUCGGUAUUGGAAUACGCCUGGUGGGCGGGCGCGGAGACGGGUGUAUGAAGAGAAGGACUGGUGGCAGCUGCAUUGCACGAAUCGAGUGCAGAGUCGCGUGCUCAAGACGCUGGUGCUGUGUUAUAUCGACAUCCCGUCGGAGCUGGACAUGGAUUUUGACGAUGUGAUUGAUGUGGGGAAGUUGAUGCGGAGUUAUAAAGUGCGGGAGUUUGUGGUGAGGAGGUGGUUGCCGAAUCGUAGUCGAGACUGAUUGACUUGUAUGCGGCUUGUAUUGCUGGAUGCAUUCAAAAAGUAGUUGUGGAUGUACUCUUACAUGAAGAGAGAG